GAGAGAGAGACAGAGAGAGACAGAGAGAGAGAGAGAGAGAGAGAGAGACUCCGGCUGCUGCCACCGUGCUGCCCGCUCCUGCUGAGGGGAAGAGGAGGAAACAUGAGCUCCAGGAAAGUGAUGGCCAUCCAGGCCAGAAAAAGGAGGCCGAAGGGGAAGAAAGACAGAACGGGUCACAAUCGGAGGCCUGAGACCCAGCAGAAAGCCCCGUUGAGUGCCCCUCCUCCCCCGCCACCCCCUCCGCCUCCCCCUGAACCGGCAGGGCCCCCGGAGCCGGAGGAGGAGAUCCUGGGCUCCGACGAUGAGGAGCAGGAGGACCCCGCAGACUACUGCAAAGGAGGGUACCAUCCGGUGAAGAUCGGGGAUUUGUUCAACGGGAGGUACCAUGUGAUCAGGAAGUUGGGGUGGGGCCACUUCUCCACCGUAUGGCUAUGCUGGGACAUACAAGUGAAGAACUUUGUGGCGAUGAAGGUGGUGAAGAGCGCCCAGCAUUACACAGAGACUGCACUGGAUGAGAUCAAACUGCUGCGAUGUGUGAGAGAGAGCGACCCUAGCGACCCCAACAAGGACAUGGUGGUUCAGCUGAUAGAUGAUUUCAAGAUCUCUGGAGUCAACGGCAUACAUGUGUGUAUGGUGUUUGAGGUGCUAGGUCACCACCUGUUGAAGUGGAUUAUUAAAUCCAACUACCAAGGUCUGCCUCUGCCAUGUGUCAAGAGCAUUAUCAGACAGGUCCUUCAGGGUCUGGACUACCUCCACACUAAAUGUAAAAUCAUCCACACGGACAUCAAGCCAGAGAACAUCCUGAUGUGUGUAGAUGACGCCUUUGUAAGGCGUAUGGCCAUGGAGGCAACCGAAUGGCAGAAAGCUGGAGCCCCCCCGCCAUCUGGAUCAGCAGUUAGCACAGCCCCCCAGCUCAAACCGGUGAGUACAACAGAUGUGGGGAAGAUCUCCAAGAACAAGAAGAAGAAGCUGAAGAAGAAACAGAAGCGGCAGGCAGAGCUGCUGGAGAGGCGGAUGCUGGAGAUUGAAGCCCUGGAGAGAGAGGCCGAGAAGAGGGAGGAGAAAGCCAAAGAAGGAGGAGAGAAAGGGGAGCAUGAACACAACCUGUCUUCACCGCUGCAGCCGCCACCACCGCAGCUGGGCCCUAGCAUGGCCCUGGGAGAGAGCGACGAGGAUGAUGAUGAUGAUGAGGAGGAUGGGGAAGAUGAGGAGGAGGAGGGAGGAGAGAGGGAGAGGCCCAUCAGGUUGACUAAUCAUACAUGCGCAGCACCUCCCCAGGAGCAGAGCGAGGCGCCCCGCAUCACUGACGACGACCAGGAGGAGGAGGAGGAGGAGGAGGAGGAGGAGGAGGAACCCACGCCUACCGCUGAAAAAGAUACUCCUAUUCCCCUCACCAACGAAGAAGGUAAUGGAGAUCCAACGCAAGCAGAGGUAGAAGACGAGGAAGGGAAGGAGGAUGAGGAGGGAGGAUUAAAAGGGGCAGGGGAUGAGAAUGAGGAAGAGGAGGUAGAGGAGAAAGUAGAGGAGGAGGAGGAGGAAGAGGAGGAGGAGGAGGAGGAAGAGGAGGAAAAAAAGACUGAAAGAGAGGAGAAUGAGACAGACGAGCCAAAGAAUGAGAACAAAACAGAGGAAGAAGCAGCGGUAGAAGAAGAUGUGUCAAAGGAGCAGGAGGAGGAGGAGGAUGAUGAGGAGGACGAGGAGGAGGAAGAGGAGGAAGAGGAUGAGGAUGAGGAAGACGAGGAUGACGACACGACUGCAGAGCCCCUCACGGAAACCACCUCCCCCAUCAAACUCCACAACAACAAAAGCAAUUCGGCCAAAACCAAUGGUCACGUUUUGCUGGGAUCUGAGGGACUGAAACCGAAUCCUGGAACUCCUCCACCUCCCUCGCCCACCCCUGAGCCUAUCCUCUGCCCUCUGGUGGAGUCCGAGCUCAGCUACACAGACAGGGACAACUCUCUCAGCUCCGGGUAUGAGAUGCAGAACGGCGAGCUGCCUGAGCCUGGAUUGACCAACGGCUCCAGUGACCGCCACCGGGUCACGAUGCCCCUUUUCCCGGAUUUGCCCUUGGAUCCUCUGCCGGGAAACCCCAUUUCUGUUGGCACGGCAGACAUUGGAGCAGGACCAUCACCCAACAGCCCCACCGCUGACCGCAGUCGCACUGUGUCGUCCUCAAGCACGGGAGACACACCUAAAGUCAGAGCCAGAGCUGCAGAUCUCCUGAUCAACCCACUAGACCCGCGCAACGCCGAGUCUAUUCGAGUCAAAAUCGCUGAUCUUGGAAAUGCCUGCUGGGUGCACAAGCACUUUACAGAGGACAUCCAGACGAGACAGUACCGUUCCAUUGAAGUCCUGAUUGGAGCUGGUUACAGCACCCCUGCAGACAUUUGGAGUACUGCCUGCAUGGCUUUUGAGCUGGCUACUGGAGAUUACUUGUUUGAGCCCCACUCUGGAGAGGACUACUCCCGUGAUGAGGACCACAUCGCUCUGAUCAUGGAGCUCCUUGGGAAGGUCCCACGCAAAGUGGUCGCUGCCGGGAAGUACAGCCGAGAGUUUUUCUCCAAGAAAGGUGAGCUGCGGCACAUCACCAAGCUGAAGCCGUGGUCCUUGUUUGACGUGCUGGUGGAGAAGUACGGCUGGGCGCAUGAAGACGCCGGCCACUUCACCCACUUCCUCCUGCCCAUGCUGGAGAUGGUGCCCGAGAAGAGGGCCUCGGCCGGCGAAUGCCUCAACCACCCCUGGAUCAACUCGUAGCCACAAUCUCUGAUCAAACGCCCUCCUCCCCUUGUCCCCCAACAUUUAGCUAAAACAUCACCCCCUGGUGGCAGCCUGUGGAACAACAGCACGCAGAGAAGCUGGAGACAGACCGAUUUGAAGUAAACUUAUUCUUUCCUGCCCUAUCCUACACAUCCGUUACAUACUUAUCUGAGUAGGCUUAAGUUCCACACAAGCCUUUCAUCUUUUCCCAAAAGGAAUGUAAAGACAAGGUUAUGGAGAUAACAUGACAUAGUAGCUGUGUCUUCCAAAACAUCUCCCAAAAAGAAUCAGAUAAUUUGAAGAUGGAUGCUGCUCGCACCGUAAAAGGGAGAUGUCAGGCUCGGUCUGAAAGAGAUGUGCUUUCUUCUUCUCGUCUGCUGUCAAGAUGUCAGCCGGUCUCUUCCAUCUAAUCUCUUCCUAAUUCUCAGUUUUAAUUUGUUUGGAUCCAGUCGUGGGCCACUGACAGCUGCUGAUCUCUACAGUGAUGUGAAAGAAAAGUCGACGAGAAGCCCCAUCGCAGUGCCGACAGCCCAGAGCUCCAUCUGCCAUGACCUUUACAUAGCCAGGGCCUCAAAGACAGACAAGUGUGUGUGUGUGUGUGUGUGUGUGUGUGUGUUCUUGUGGGUGAGAAUGAGCACAUGUGCCUGUGCUUAAGAUCCGCCUACAUAGACCCUUCUCCUCUCUUUCCAGCCCAGUUGCCCCACCUUCACCCUGCUAUGGAAGGAACACCUACGUGGGGAUAAAAGUUUACACCCUGAUUUCUUCCACAAAUCCAAGCCCAGAAAAAGCCCCCUUACCUGCCCCUCCUGUAACCCUUCCCCCUUCCCCUUGCUAAAUGAGCUGCAUGCUCCUGCUGGGGGCCACUUCAGAGAACUGGAGGGCAGCCAGUCCUCCAGGGGGCACCACACUGACAGUUGCCACUCUGACAGAGAGAGACAGAAAAAGUGCGGAAUGAGCAAAAAAAAAACAAAAAUACAAUCAACUUAACACGGAGGACUGCUUGGUCUUUAAAGACUAUUUUUAAAAUGCAUGGAGGGACUGAUGGAUCAGCAUGAAUGGAUAUGACAAAUGGACGAUGGAGGCGUUAUUUUAUUUGUGCAUUUCGCUGGUUUCUUGUUCCCGUUUCAUCAUCUCUUGGACAUUCUGUUAGAAAGAUUAUAUUAGGAUAUUUUGGUGCCCCCCCUCUGAGGAAGGUAACUACAUUACAACCCUUUCUUCUCCAGCUUUUGACAUUCCUAAAUCUGUGUCCAUCCUUCCUGACUUUUAUUCCCAAGAACAGUUUUGUUGAGUCCUGCUGUGGUACGUUUACCUGAUCUGAUUGGUACUAUUCCCCCCUUUUUUUCCCCCUAUAGAGGAACCCUUUGAUCCCUGAGGUUCUCCAGAGCGGGGAUGGUCACAUGGAGGUUGCACUUGUCUUUGUAGAUGUCCUUCAGGGAUUUGAAACCUUUGUACAUAGAACUGAGAUCUUGCAAAGCAGAUAAGCGACCGUGGACAAAGUUUCAACACACAAGCAUCAUUCCAAAAAUCAGAGGUUGUUGUUGGCAUAACUUGACUUCCUCUGAUACAGUGGGGAAGUGGGCCUGCCAUAGCUCUGGCCCUGGAGGAAUGUUCAGACUGAACUGUGCCACCUAGUGGCUGAAUGAGAGUACUGCAUUGCCACACACUGCUGCUGCUCUCAGUGCCAACGCUCCGAGACGUUCCACUAUAUCUCUCCACUUAAUCUCUAUUUCUCUGUCACACAGACACACACAAACUUGCAUCAUCACAAUUAGUCCAGUUGCCUAUUUUUCGCAAUAAAUGAAAAAAGAUGAGUAUAAGUAAAUGGUGAGAUAUUUUUAAAAACUAUUUAAUUCAUUAAAAAAAAGAGAAAAAAAAAAGAAAACAACUUUUCUCUGGUUGUUGUGACCGUGACAGAAUCUCGUCUUAUACUGAGGUGAUUGUGUUUGUCUAUUAGAGAUGUUUUUAUUUCUUUUGUCAUUAUUAUUAUUAAUUAUUAUUAUUAUUAUUAUUAUUAUUGAAAGAUUUUUUUACAGUUGUCACCUCUCCCCUCCCUCCUUACUUGAACAGUGCUGCUCUGUCUGGGCUCUUGAUGGUGAUAAAAAAAAAAAUCAACAGUUUUGCAAUAAAGGGUAUGUGAUGAGUUUUUUGCACCAAAACCUCCUGAUCUCACUCUUUCAGCCAUGCUGACUGUUCUUCCUGAUGACAUUGACAGAACCGCGUCUCUUGUCUGUGUUUUUCAUUGACAGAUUUAAUAAAAUUGUAAAUUAAUGGA